UGUUGGUGUGUCUGUGUGUGGCAGUGUGUGUCUGUCAGUGUGUGUGUGAGUGUGUGUGUGUGCACACAUGUGGUGUGGUGUGAGGAACCCCGCUGAGGGUCUCCUAGGGCCACCAAACUGUACGGAGCUCAGCCUUGCUGUCCCUCAGUCCCAUGCUUCCUGCCCUGUGAUCCCCUGGAAAACAGGCCUUUGAAUGAGAGGCUCUCACCCCUCUGCAGCCAGACGCCUCAAGGGGAAGGUGCUUUUCUGAGGAGCAGCGGGGGGAGGCCUGGAAGAAGUGGGGCCUCAGGGGCCCUGGGCCCAUCACUCUGCCUGUCCCACCCAGCGGUGCCGCUCUGGCCCCUCUCCCCGGUAACCUGGAGGCUGGCCGGCACUGAAUAGCGGCUGCAGGCUGCCGACCAUACCAUUUAAACUUCCAGUGGGGGAAGGUGAGAGCCAUGGGGCCUCGAGAGGCAGCAAAACCCUCCCCCUGCGUCCCCCGUGCCUCCUGCCCGAGAGGGCUCCAAGGAGACAGGCUGGAGUGAGGCCAAGGCCGUGGGAAGGCUCGGGAGCCCCAGCUCCUCUGGACAGCCCCCUCCCUCCCUGCCCGGCUGCCAUACCGACCCUCCUGCAUGUCCUCUCCCCCAGGGCAGGGCCGGGAGUCUUGCAGACAAAGCCAGGCCCUGCCGGAGAGUGAGGGGAGAAGGCCCACUCUGCCGGGGCGGGCUGAGGGGUGCCGGGCACAGCAGAGCCCAGGGCAGGGUUGGGGGCACGGGCACCGCCCGCUGCUCCUCGGGCCUCCUGUGCACAGCUGAGAAGACCUCUCCGCCGAGCAGGACUGCCAAGGGCUGGCUCUGAGGUACACGCAGAGCCUGGGUGUGACUUGAGGCCUUCCCUCCUGCCGAGCCUCGGAGCCGUGAGUGAGACUAAGACGCAAGCUGGGAAGGAGGAAAUCUGCCAGCCCCCAGCCUCCUGCAAGACUCCCAGGUCUAAGGGAAAUACUUAUUAUUAUUAUUAUUUACGCGUAUCCUCUUUGGGAUUUCCUGUCCUGGUUAGAACUCAAAGACCACAAAUGCUGCCCUGCAGCUCCACGUAGCCCGCUCACAUGUCCUGUCUGGCCCGUGUAGUGUUGCACAUAUUUGAAAAUUCAUUUCCAGUUUAUUUGGUCUUGGCAGUGUCUCCCCUUGUCCCCUUCUUUCUUGCCUUAAAUUUGAAUUAGCUGCCAACAUUUAGGCAUCAGGAGUGUUUGCCUAAAACUUCCAGAUUUCUGCCUUCUCGCGAGAAACUGGCAGAGCCGACCACACGGGGCCUGCAGUCUGGCGCUGGCACCGUCAGACUGGGCUGGGCCCCUCUGCGUCCUCAGAAGGGCCCGGCCAGCGCUCUCCAGGCAGCCCUGCCCACCUGUCCCCUCUGGUCACGCAGUGUCUGCUGGCCAGGCUCUGUAGGCAUUUUUAUUUGCAAUCCCAGACAUACUGAACCCAAAGCUCAGCCUGAUUUCCCAUCUACAGGGACCACCUGCCGGGCUCCCUCUAACGGGAUCCUCUUAAGGGAUAACGGAAAUGCCCUGUCAGGUGACUGAUGUCCCCAGGGAGGUUUCCAGCCCUUGCUUGUCAACCCCCUUGGGGCUUAUUUCCUACCUGUUUCCCCGAGCAGCUCACUGAGCUCCCAGAGAGGGCUGGGCCAGAGGGGUGGAAAGGCCGCGGGGCUAGGUGUCAGGAAACCUGGGCUUUGUUUGGCCACUGACUCACAAUGUGGCUCAGGCUUGGCUGUCCCCUGAUUGGGCCUCGGUUUCCCUACCUGUCAUGGGAGCAGGUUGGACUACAUUGGAAAACCCACAAGGCCAGGCUGGUGAAAUAAGGUAUGUGGUGGGCUUUUGGGGGAGUGUGGCGAGCUGGCACCCGGGCCCUGUCCAAACGGGACAGUUGCUGCCAGUAUCGGGCAGGAACACAGGCCCAGUGCUGCCAGUGGUGAAUUCUGACAUUUUAAGAGAGGCCAGGCACACAGAUAUUUACGUGAAAUCUUUUUUUUUGAAAUUCACGAUUAUAUUUAUGAAAACACUGUAGGGACCCAAUAAAACACACCUGUAGGCCCCUAAUUUGCAGCCUUGGGACAUCAGAUAGUUGCCAGGGGCCCUGCCAGCUGUAGCAUCUAACCAUCUGAGGCUCGCUCCUGGUCACAGAGCAAGUUACUGACGGAGCUGGUCCUAGAUCUCAAGUUUUCAGGCCUAAGACUUCAUGGAAAUUUAUGGGAAUGAAGAGAAAAUGCCGAAAGGCAAGUCUCUUGUCUCCUCCACGGCAGAUGGGGUACGGGGUGUAGCAGAGAGAGAACCGGCACUCAGCCUGGCCCCAUCACCUACCAGCGGUGUGUGCACUUGGCCUUGCCAUCUUUCUGGGCCUUGCUGCGCUAACCUGUCAUGUGGCCCUGAUGCUAUGUGGUUGGAUAGUCCCAGCCCCAUCAAUAUUCCCGGGAAAGUCUCCCCUCCCUCCCCUGCCCAGGUCCAGCUGAUCUGCCUCUGAGCUUCUGUCCUGUUGCUGUUGCAGAAGCCAUGAGCACAGAGGGCCCCAGCCUCACCAGCGCCCCGGCCACCAAGCCCCUCACCUUCCUCUCAGCUCUGGUCACCCCGGGGCCCCCUGUGGAGGCAGCUGACCCCCUCCCCGUGCUCAUUGCCCUGGCCUGCAUCUUCCUCCUGCUGGCCACCUGUCUGCUGUUUAUGACGCUCUGCAAGCCGGCCCCGCUGGACCCGAGCCGCCGCAGGGCUCGAGAGUGCAUGCCCCACCACCCCGGGAGCCCCAGCGAGCCCCAGCUCCGGCUCUGGAAGCGCCUGGGCUCGCUGCGCCGCUCCCUGCACAGCUUCCGCCGCGGCAGGCCUGCCGCCCCUCGACGCCCCCUGCCGGAAUGCAGUGACAACCGCAGCGACUGUGACUGCACGGAAUCUACCAAGAUGUGACAGGUGUCCACGCACAGAUCCACCUGCAGAUCCUCCUGCCUCGGAUGGAGCCUGGCACUGCAGGCAGACAGUGGCCCAAGCAACCUGGGCCACACGCUCACCCCCAGCGGUUUCCUGUGUGUCUAGGCCGGUGCCCCUUCCCAGAGAUGUCUCCCGGAAGAGUAUCUCUGUGGACCCCCCAGCUGCUGCUUGCUAGAAGACCCCUGGAUCAAGGGAUGAGCACCCACAGCCACGUGGGCCCUUGGCCUGAGGCUCCGCAGGGUAUAAUCUGGGGCUCCCUGGGACACCUUUCUGGCAACUAGUAUCAACCACCUUCUGGAAACAGCACCCCUGCACCCCAACAGAAGCCCCACCCUCCCUCCAGGAUCCGAAAGUUGGCAUGGCCACAAGUUCCCUCCAGCCGAGCGAAACACUCAGCCUGCCCUAGGAGCAGGGUACUGUCCUGCCGUCUGUGCUGACUCAGCGCCCAAGGCAAGAGGGAACCCAGGACUCCUCUCCUUGGACUUCCUGGGCCCUGCCAGUGUCUUCCUGGUAAUCCGUGGGAACAGCCACCACGCUCCUGGCGGAUCAGAUGCCUGGGUGCCAGCGGGAAGCAGGGGCAAGCAGGAAGCCACCAGAGCACACCCUGGCAGCCGUCUUGACGGGCCCCCUUCGAGGCGCCCACGUCAGGGUCGGCAGGGAAGGGGCUGAGUGGGUUGAGAGGCUGGUUUCAGAGUUCAGGCUCCUGCUGCGACAGGGUGGCAAGAGGCAGAGCACUGCCAGCAGCUGGAGGGGAUGCCAGCCGGGCUCUGCAGGCGCCUCACAGUGGCUCCAUGCCUCACCCAGGGAAAGGGGCAGCCUCCCCUCGGGUGGGAUGGCCGGGACCCCUCCAGGGCAGCUGUGGGACCUCAGGCCUGGACCACACUAGUCAUGCUAUGUGUGUUUUUGGUGAUUGCCGCACUGACUGUCUAGCUGCCAAAGCAAUCCCACCCAGGAGAGACUUCACAGAGUCCCAAACCCUUGAUCUCUCCUCCGAAGGCCUGGGUUAAAUGCUUUGGUUUGGUCCUGAGUUUGGAGAGUGGGCAGAGUGGGGCCUGAGCUGCCUAGCUCCUGUCCCAGAGACCCAGCUGGCCAGGGGCCCACCAUGGAGCUGCCCUGGCCCAUAGUGUCACCUUCCUGUGACCCACAGUGAAGGCAGCCAAGUCAUCUUAAUGAGUGAGCUCUGGUUUGCCACUCCCCAGUUCCCAAACCUUCACUGGCUCCCUAAGGCUAGCUGGAUGCAGCUAAAGUUUCUUAGCCUAGAGUGCAGUGCUCUCUGGGAUCUGGCUGCAACUUACCUUUCGAGUCUCAUUUUGACCCAAGACUGCAGGCAAACUGAACUACCUGUCCUCCCCGACUGUCCCUCAUGCCUCACACAGCACCCACUCCGUGAAGCUCUUUGCCCUCCAGCUGAACCACCCUUGCUCCUCCUGGCCAUGUGGGGCACUCCUGUCUCUGUCUUCUCCUUCCUCCAAGCCUGGGAGCUUGCAAAAAGCCAGACCUUGCCCAGUGCCUUGCUUUGACUCCUCAGCUCUGGGCACACAAGUAUGUGGCCUCUGUUUGUAGAGUGAGGGGUGGCCCAGCCUGGGUGUCCCCGCCCUGCAAAGCAGAAGGAGUCCUAGUGGAAGCCCACACAACACAGAGCCCUCUUCUGCCCUCGGAUGCCCCUAGAAAGAAGAUUCCUAUCUGAGUAGGCCCCGCUGAGAGACCCCAUACGCUGGCCCUCCAGGUCGAUCAGACCUCAAAGAGCAAGUCUGGCUGUGCAAGAAACUUACUCAUGGGGCCUUGGGGAAGCCACCCUGAGACCAUGGAUUUCUCCCUGGGAAAUGGCGAGAGUCAGGAUCAGGGCUGCCCUACAUUACUCAGACUCUAGGAUUUCAGCCCAAGCAGUGUUGAGUAAACAGAAACCAAUUCUUUGGGGUUUAGAAAGUGGGGCAGGCCUCCUCCCAAAAGGUUUUGUUCCUCCUCCCUUUCCGCUUGUUAACCUCUUCCUGGUUUGCUUCCCUGAGGCCUCUCUGAAACAUCCCUGGCUGAAUUCAGUCUGCAGCCACCCGCUCCUGGCCAGAGCGGCCUGCCACCAGGGUCCUGGCAGUUGGGGGCAGCGGAGAGGGCUGCUCUGAGGCCUGGAGGAGGAGGAAAAGCUGGGGUGGGGAGGGGAGCUCUCAGAGGUGUGGCGGUACCCCCAGCUUGGGCAGCCCACUGGUCCGGGGACACUGUCAGUAAGCUGGGCUGGGGCCCAGCUAUGUGGGGAGGGUCCAAGUCCUCAUGAGCCGAGGCCCAGAGGAGAAAACACUCCUCCUUUCUCCUUCUAGAAGCAGCCACCAUACUCUUGCAAAUCCCCAGGCUUCCUGGGCUCUCCACGCUCCUAGGAGUCAGCCCCUGCUCCCAGGCCCUUUCCUGCCUCCUCCUGGUCCUGAUGCAGGAGGUGGGCAUACUCCCGGCCUCCCAUGUCCCUGCCCCUCCCAAGCCCGGGAGCCCGGCCCAGCGGGCAGGUCCAGAUCUGCUGUGUUUGGCUCAGCCUCUGAAUCGGGUCGGAAACCCCGAGGCUGGCAGCGAGGAAUUCAUUCCCGGCCUCUCUCCCCACCCAGCAACGAAGGCCUCCUGGGCAGGCGGGGGCGGG